CCGCUCGUGCCCUGCCACGUCUCGCUCCCAGCGUCUCUAGCGGCCUGCCCGUCGUCUUCGCUGCCCGACAUCGGCGCCGGCGCGUGCGAGAAGCGGAGCGCCCUAAUAUAAAACGGGGCGAUGCUGCGCCGCGGUCAGUCGCAGCAGCGCAGCGCACGCGUGUGGCACAAUGAAAGCACCCCCGGUCGCGUCGGCCGCCCUGGCCGCACUGGUGCUGCUUUUCGUGCCUGCCACUGCACUCAACCUUUUCCAAUACAAGACGGAGGUCGUCAAGGGCGCUUCCUGCGGCACCGAGAACAAAUCGCUGGGACCUUUCUUUAUCCCGAAUAACCAGUGCUCCGGUGUACUGUACAAUCUGACGCAGCACUGCGAGCAGCUGGAGUUGGUCCGGGUUAGCGUGACGGACUACGCGCACGUCAAGGUCACCAUUGACGACUCAUUGACCUCGGUGAGCAUCGAACGCUCCCCGAACCUUGUGAACACGUGCCCCGGGCGCGCCGCGGUGCGCGCGGUGCUGGGCUGCGGCUUGCACUCCGACGAGGCGACGCUCGAUGGCGCGCCGCUGGACAUCGACAGCGCCUUGCCGCCCAUGUAGCCGUCGCGGCGCGUAUUCGUAGUCAAUUCUAUAGUCAACUCGUUCAGCAAUCAAAUGUGAUAAAACAGUCUCGAGCAGUUUGUUAUUAGAUAAAUAAAUGUA